GCAACUCCUGUCCUAAAAUAAAUGUCCUCUGACUACUGGGUAAAGGGGCAGAGAGUCUAACUUUAGCUCCAUCCACAGAUUAUAAACAUCUCCCCACCAUCUGCCUCUCAGUACUUUGUGCAGAUCCUGAACUGAACCCCUUCCUACGAUGGGAGACUCUUUCAUUAUAGCUAUAGACUUCGGCACUGCAUACAGCGGAUAUGCAUUCAGUAUAACAUCCAGAGGGGAAAAAACGGAUCCAUAUUUGAAGAUCUGGGGGGAAGAGGUCGGACUGGCAACCCCAAAGACUCCUACCUGCAUCCUGUUUGAUGAAAACCAAGAGUUUAUCAGCUUUGGUUACGAGGCUAGAGAGGAUUAUCUUUCAAUAAAAGGACAAGAAGCCAGAGACAAGUUAUUCUUCGACUGCUUCAAGAUGGCCCUCUAUGGGAAAAAAAUCAACAGAGACCUGAAGAUUGAAGCAGCCAACGGACAGUCAAUGAAGGCGCUGCGGGUUUUUGCAGAAGCUCUGAGAUUCCUGAAAGUCAACGCUCUGACAACGGUCAACUCAAACGCCAAAGGUAAAACGUUUAUCCCUUCUGACUUCACCUGGGUGCUCACUGUUCCUGCCAUCUGGGAUCCUUCAGCUAAACAGUUCAUGAGAGAAGCUGCAAUGCAGGCAGGUAUUGUGAAAGAGGGAAAUGGAGAUAAACUGCUGAUUGCUUUGGAGCCUGAAGCAGCUUCAGUCUGGUGUAAGAAGCUUCCAGCUGACGGCUUCAUCACACAGAACAUCAGCAGGAGAUCACUGGACCAGUCUCCAGGAACUCAGUACAUUGUUGUCGACUGUGGAGGUGGAACCAUUGACAUCACCGUUCAUGAAGUCCUGGAAGGAGGAACCCUGAAGGAGCUGCACAAGGCCUCUGGGAACGAUCUGGGAGGACAAACUGUGGACAGGAAGUUUAGGGAGUUCCUAAGACAAAUAUUCUGUGAUGGAGUCUGGGAUAAAUACGAACAAACCUAUCCUGUUGAGGUUCAGAAAAUAAUGUAUGACUUUACCCUUUUCAAAAAAGGGGACAAGGAUAUGGAAAUCACCUGCUCACUAAACCUGGGUAGAUUGGCUGCAGCUAAAAAAAGCAUUGAGAAGUUCCUGGAAGGAGUGGAAGGUGCUUCCUGGGAUGAAGGAUCCAUCAGAAUCUCCAAACAGAAGCUGAGGUCUUUCUUUGCAGAGAGUUUGCAGGGGAUCACUCAGAGUCUGGAGCGUAUUUUACAGGGAGGCCAGCGGGUCUACAGGAGGCCAGCGGGUCUACGGGAGGCCAGCGGGUCUACGAGAGGCCAGCGGGUCCACGAGAGGCCAACGGGUCUACGAAAGGUCAGCGGGUUUACAGGAGGCCAGCGGGUCUACGGCAGUCCAGUGGGUCUAUGGGAGGCCAGCGGGUCUACAGGAGGCCAGCGGGUGUACGGGAGGCCAGCAGGUCUACAGGGGCCCAGCGGGUCUACGGCAGUCCAGUGGGUCUAUGGGAGGCCAGCAGGUCUACAGGGGCCCAGCGGGUCUACGGCAGUCCAGUGGAUCUACGAGAGGCCAGCGGGUCUACAGGAGGCCAGCGGGUCUACGAGAGGCCAGCGGGUCCACGAGAGGCCAACGGGUCUAUGA